UUAGGAAAAGGAAGGAAAAUUGUUUUUAGAAUGUAAUCGACAAUCGUGACGGUCGCGCUUUUUCUUUAUUUUUUAAAAAUAUUUUUCUCCACUUUAGCGAGGAAAUAAAAAUCGAGUUAAUUGACGUGUAUUUAAAAUUUAAAAAGAAAACUUAACUGAAUCUCCCUCGAUUAAUACUGUACUGUUUAAUGAGUCUUUGUGGAUUAGUUAACGUUCGUCACGUGACUAGGAAACAUGAACAGAACAAAAAUUAUGAGUGAAAAAAAUUAUUUGUGUACAAAAAUUAUUAUUCUUCUUCUUUCUAUUUUUUCCAUCAAUGCCAAAGAAGAUAGUAAACAUUGGCAUCGAGUAGCUGAAGAAGAACUUAAAGAUUCAUUGGCUUACAAAUGGAAUACAAAUAAUGCGAAAAAUGUGAUAAUAUUUAUUGGAGAUGGAAUGAGUGGAAAUACAAUAACAGCCAGCAGAAUUUAUAAGAAUGGCGAAACGGGUUAUCUCUCAUGGGAAAAAUUCCCCCAUGUUGGUCUGCUCAAGACGUAUAAUACAAAUAAACAAGUGCCUGAUUCUGCAUCAACAGCGACAGCACUUUUCAGUGGAGUGAAGACGAACUUUAAAGUUAUUGGCGUUGAUGUUAAUGUACCACUUGCCGAUUGUGAAGCAAGUUUGAAUAAGGAAUUCCAUCUCGAGUCGAUUAUCACUUGGGCUCAAGCGGUCGGUAAACGAACUGGUUUUGUUACCACUACUCGAGUAACUCACGCAACACCAGCUCCUUUAUAUGCACAUUGUCCGCAUAGAAAAUGGGAAUGUGAAGCAACGAAACCUCCAGGUGCGGAAAAAUGUCAGGACAUUGCAAGACAAUUGAUUGAAAAUGAACCUGGCAAAAAUAUAAAGGUGAUUAUGGGUGGAGGAAGGCAAAUGUUACGAUCCUUUGUGAAUGGAACAAUUAACGAUCCGAUAGAUAAAUGGGCAUGCUACAGUAAAGAUGGACGUGAUCUGAUUGAAAAAUGGAAGGAAGAUAAAAAGGCCAGAAAUGUCGCUUUCAAAUUUGUUGAAAAUAAUGAACAACUCUCGGAGGUUAAUUAUAAGGAGACGGAAUUUUUGAUGGGAAUUUUUGCAAAUGGUCAUAUUUCUAUGGACUGGCAGCGUGAUAAGGGCCCAAAGGGACAGCCAAGUUUGGAGGAAAUGACAACGGCUGCGAUAAAAGUUUUGGAGAACGGAGACGAUGGAUUUCUUCUCGUGGUGGAAGGAGGUCUCAUUGAUUUUGCCCAUCACAGAGGACACGCAGCUCAGGCUUUAUUAGAAACUGUUCGUCUCUCAGAAGCCAUUGAAGCAACUUUAAAAUUAAUCGAUAUUAGCGAAACUUUGGUGAUUGUUACCAGUGAUCAUACACAUUCUUUGUCAUUCAAUGGAUAUGGUGAUCGGGGAUCAUCUAUUCUUGGCAUAGCGCAAAAAUCGAAAUAUGACAACAAAAAUUAUACUACCUUAACAUAUAGCACUGGCGGUAUUAAUAAUAUGGGAUACACUAUCGAAAAUGGAAAAAUUUCUCGAAUUGAUCCAUCGCUUAAUGAUACGACCGAUUAUAAUUACAGUCAGCAAGCGGCGAUAAUUACUGAUGAAGCUUAUCAUGGAGGUGCUGAUGUUGCAGUCUAUGCAAAAGGACCUCACGCACAUCUUUUUCACUCGACACACGAGCAAAAUUUUGUCGCUCAUGUAAUUGGAUACGCAGCAAAAAUUGGACCUUACGCAAAUAAAGGUCCUGGUACAAAAAAUAAUUCCAUUCGAAACAUUGAAUUGGACAAUAAUUUAUUUUUAUUAUCAACUAUGAUAAUCAGCCUUAAAAUUAUUUUCUAUAUAUAAAUUAUUCUUAGAAAAUUCAACAGAUUAUUAAAUAUUUGUACAGAAUAAUAUAGAAAUUUUUGAUCAGCGCUGAGAAUAUGUAGGAACAAAUUUUUCAGUUCCUUGUAAUAAUUGUCUUUAAUUGUAUACA